GUAUCGAGUUUUCAACCUCAGUUCAGAAAUCUGGGUUUCUAGUUGAACGUGUGAAAAAAUCGAGCUCGAGAUGAUGAUCCAAAUAUUACUUUUAUCUCUUCUCUUUGUGCAAUCAUUUUGCCGAAAAGAUUUAUGUUCGCCUUUAAACCCAAACUGUCGACCAACAAUGGUAGCUAGGAGUAUGGCUGGAAUGAACAACAGGGGAGGCCUUUUAAGUGAUGAUUUGAUUUCUGAGGCUCAAAUGAAAGCUCAUACUGAAGAUGCUAGACAAGAUAGGAGAGGAAUUAUGGACAGUUGGGGCGGCAUGGGCGGCAUGGGCGGCAUGGGCGGCGUGGGCACCUUUCUAGAAACUUCAGAACAGAUUUACCAUGUUCCACCUACUAUUCAUCAGCUUACCCUACAACUCACACCGGAACAAACUGAGAGAUUGCACGCUUUCAUUAGAGAGCUACUUAAAGAGAACCAUACUUACCAGGGCGGAUAUCCCACAAAGGGACAUGGCCCAAACGUAUAUCCCACAAACGGAUAUGGCCCGAACGUAUUUGGCCAGAACGAAUUUCCCACAGUUGCAUAAAUGUGAACGAUUUCCGAAGACAACAAAGUCUGAAUGUAUAGUUUAUAGCAAUGAUUUUUAAAAAAUCCGACAACAAUAUAUUCUGUAUUAUUUAUCAAAAUUCUUAAUAAAUUCAAAAAAUAAAAUGUAUGCACAAUAGUAUAAUAUUGUAUAUGUAUAUGUACGCCAAUAUAAAAAAUUCAUCCAUAAAACAAGUUAAUAAUUCGACAAAGGGGGGAGGGGCCCAAAAAAACGUUCAGUAGCGAGGAGGGGGUAUUGUAAAAGUAAUGUUACGAAUCCUCCAUAUAAACUAAAAUUUAUGUAUUUUAAGUAUCGCUAAUCAGAGGUACCUUUUUGUCUACAAAAUAAAGUUUGUUUCCUUUUCUUUAAUGAA